ACGAGCCCCAGCAGAUCCGAUGCUGAAGACCAGGAGAUCCGAGAAGAUCAUCUGAGCUGGAUUUUUAAAAGUGCACUUUCUACUGCGCAGCAUCUCAGCGGCGCAGCGUCUCCUCCGCGUCGGUGGAAUGAGCUCCAAACGGCGCGGGUGAGAUCCGGGAUUUCUCUCAAACUGCGCUCGCGACAGUAACGCUGUAAAUAAGAAAAGCGCGCCGAGUCGAAUUUGCGCCAUGGAGCAACCCUCGAGCUCCAGCCCGAGCGGCACCGGCCACACUCCCCAUCCCACCCAGCACGAGCCCAUCAGCUUCGGCAUCGACCAGAUCCUCAGCGGAACGGACCAGGAACCUCAGCAGAACUCCUCGAAGGCCAGCUCGGACUCUGAGCGGGUCAGCGAGGGCGGCUACCCGCUGGGCAGCCCGACCGGGGCCAGCGCGACCCCGUACCCAGCGGUGACCGGUGCUUUCCACGGCAUCGCAGCUCCGUAUGAGGAGGCCAGGCCAUACGGGGUCAACCUAACCCUCACCCCUGGUGGGGUCAUAAGGGUCCCGGCCCACCGGCCCCUGGCCGCUGCUGUCCCACCGCCUUUGGCCAGCGCGGCGCCCGGUCUGGGGGGCAUCGGCUUCCCCUGGAUGGAGAGCAGCCAGCGCUUCGCCAAGGACCGGUUUGCAGCGGCGUUGGCGCCCUUCACCGUGGCCAGGCGCAUUGGUCACCCCUACCAGAACCGCACACCCCCCAAGAGGAAGAAGCCCCGCACAUCCUUCUCCCGUGUGCAGAUCUGCGAGCUGGAGAAACGCUUCCACCGGCAGAAGUACCUGGCCAGCGCAGAGCGGGCAGCACUCGCUAAAACCCUGAAGAUGACGGACGCACAGGUCAAAACCUGGUUCCAGAACCGCAGGACCAAAUGGAGGCGACAGACGGCGGAGGAGCGGGAGGCGGAGCGCCAGCAGGCCAGCCGGCUGAUGCUCCAGCUCCAGCACGACGCCCUGCAGAAGUCCCUGAGCGACUCAGUCCCUGCCGACCCCCUCUGCAUCCACAACUCCUCGCUGUUUGCCCUGCAGAACCUACAGCCAUGGGCGUGCGGCGACGAGGGCGCCAAACUGGGUGCAGCACUCGUAUGAACUACAGGCUUGGAGCAGCGGUCAGCAGCCUUCGUCCUGGAGGAGAUCUCUUGAACUUUUUGGAGAUUUAUCUCUGACCCAAAUCUCACAUGCUACGAUUUUAAAAACAAAGGUGGAGCGAUGCCACAGAAGAACCACUUUGGGUUCCCUAAAUAAGUCCUUAGGGACCUCCAUAAGGUCCACAACUGUGCUCCACCCCAACUCACAACCAUAGGGAUAGAGCAACAAUGUGGACCAUCUGAGGGUCCCUGAGGACCAGCUUGAAAACCACUUUUCUAAAGAACCUUAAGGGCAAUUAUAAAGAUCAAGGACCCUCCACAUGAAACAUCAGAUACCAAUACGAGACUCUUUCUAAAAAUCCAAGAAAAAAACCUUUUAGGACAUUUUCAAGAAUUUGAUCCAGCUAAUCAAGAACUUCCAGACAAUCGUUAGCUGGAUAAAGGCCCAAUCCCUUUUCCUAUUUUUAUCCCUACGCCUUGUUUUCGAGUGUCUCCUCGCCUCUUGGAACUGAGUUACGAAGUGUAGGGGUUGAAAUAAUUCCCUAUGGAACAGGACAACCCUCAAAUAAGAAGAGGUUUUCUUCAUUAACAGCUACCAGCGCUGCUCUGUAGGCAACCCUGCCCGUCUGCAGUGGCAGCAGAGGGGAAAGUUCAGCUCCUCACUGCUCACUCCUCACU